AUGGUAGGAAGUGCCAUGGCUCGUGUGAAGAGUGUGGAAGCAUGGGAAUACUCAAAGAAUAACUUAACAACUUCGGACAGGGAGACAGAGGUGUUCUCUAUCCUCAAGUUUAGCUAUGAUCAACUACCAGAUAAAACACUCCAAAAAUGUUCCUUAUAUUGUGCAUUAUACCCAGAAGAUUAUGAAAUUCAAGUUUCUCGUCUCAUUGAUAAGUGGAUAGGGGAGGGAUUUCUUUAUAAUGAGAGGAUGAGAAGUGGACAUGAUAUGUGUAGCCAUGGUGGAUCUAUAAUUGAAACGUUGAAGCCUUCAUGCUUGUCAGAGAAAGUUAAAGAUAAUAUCUUUUUGGAGCGUUCAGUUAAGAUGCAUGAUGUCAUCUGUGACAUGGCACUAUGGAUAGCAUGUGAUGAAGGCAGAAACAAAUUGAAGGUUGCAGUACAAGAAGAUGGAUGGGCAAUGUCUCAAGCCAAUGUUAAAGAUUAUGGAAUGGUUGAAACGAUUUCAAUCAUGAAAGGUGUUGAACCAUGGAUACAAAGCAUAGCUUGGACAAAUCUAACAACAUUACUAUUGAAGUUUGAUACUCCUGAUACAAUAUAUGGAUUAGGAAAUAUCCAAUACGCAAGGCAAUUAAAAGUCUUGGAACUGUUUGCAACGAAAAGGGUACCCAUCCCCACAGAAAUUGGUGGAUUAAAUCAUUUGGAAUAUCUGUCAUUGGUUAAUUUCAAAUUAACUAAUGCACCAGACAUUUGGAGAGAGUUGGAGAAUUUGAAAAACUUGAAGGUUUUUAAUUUGUCUGCAGAUCAUAUUCGUGUUACUCCUUUGGGCCUAAUACCAAAUCUUCAACAAGUAAAAGUGUGUCGAUUAAUUAGCAUCUGCAACUCCGCUAAAUGA